GCACAACAGUAUUUUUGUUAGUCUUGUAGCUUUCUACAGGUCUGAUUGUUUUGGAAUGUUAUCAUUUUAGUUUUCCCCCUUUCAACAAGAGAAAACAGGAGGAGCAGUUUGCUGACUGAUUUUAAGUCAGUGACUUAUGAUGCCGCCGAAACGAACAAAUCCUUUGAGGGCUUACAAGCGAAAGGCUAAACAGACAGGCAAAGAAAGUGCAGCUCGUGAUGCAGAUCUCAGGGUUGUUUUUUUGGGAUUUCAGGGGUUGGACAAGACUUUCAUCAUCAACAGCCUGAUAGGAGACAAUAAGGUUGAAUAUAACAGAUCUCAUGUCAUGUCUGUGAGGCGAGACGGUCAAGUGAAUGGACGGACAGUCACUUUUGUUGACACUCCAGGCUGGUUUAGAGAGUUCAAGUUGACAGACACAACAACAUUUCUGAAACAGGAACUUGUGUGCAGUGUCUUCAAGUGUCCUCCAGGACCUCAUGUUUUUCUGCUGGUUAUUGAUCUCAGUUUGCCUUUUACUCAAGAACACAGAAUCAGCAUUGAGGAACAUCUGAAUCUAUUUGGAGAGAGAAUCUGGUCACACAUCAUAGUGCUCUUUACACAAACUGUUUCACUGAAAGACGAAUCCAUUGAGCAGCACUUACAGAGUCAAGGAGAAGAUCUGAAACAGAUCAUACAGAGAUGUGGAGGAAGAUAUCAAGUAUUUGAUAUUGAAUAUAAAGGAAAUGGAGUUGAAGAACUGCUUGUGAAGAUUGAUGGUGUUGUGACUGUAAAUGAUGGCAAACACUUUGAAUCUGGUGAUGAAAAACUUGAGGUGCAGAAAAAGAGAGAAGAUAUCCAAGAGAGAGCAAAAUCCAGACAAACGAUGGUGCAGGAAAAAACAGAACUGCUGAAAGAAAUAAGAGCUGUAUCUCUGCUCGCAGAACUGAGAAUUGUCCUGUUGGGGUGGAUCGUUUCUGGAAAGAGUUCAACAGGAAACACUAUCUUCAAUGAAAAAAUAUUCAAGAAAGGAAAAACAAAACAGUGCACAAGUCAUUCUGGCGAUGUGGAUGGCAGAAAUAUAACAGUGUUGGACACACCAGGCUGUUGGAAGUAUUUCUCAACAAAAUUCAAUCCAGAGUUUGUACGGACUGCAAUCCUGGAGUGUGAAGGUCUAGCAGAACGUGUGAAAUAUCCCAAUGCCAUGAUCUUGACGAUUCCUGCAGACACGUCAUUUAAGAAUGAACAAAAACGGGUCAUUGAAGAGUACAUGGCCAUUUUCGGGGAGGACGUCUGGAGACACACCAUAGUGUUGUUCACAUGGGGCAACAGAUACCCAGACAUCUCAAUCGAGGAGCACAUUGAGAGUGAAGGAGAUGCCCUCCAGUGGCUGAUUGAGAAAUGUGGGAACAGAUAUCACGUCUUUGACAACACAGACAUGAAGAAUCGCGCUCAAGUCACAGAGCUGCUCCAGAAGAUUGAUCAGAUGGUGGCAGAAAACUGUUUGUUCCGUCUCGACACUCAUUGUGAUGCAGAAAUGAAUCUUCAUGAGACCGACACACAAGAAGAUCUGGAUUCAGAGGAGGAAAUAAGUCUGGACCCACAGCAUGUGCUGAAAUUACUAAAUGAGGAGUUGAACAACAGAUUCAAGGGAAUUAAAAAUACAAUAAAAGAAAAAUUGGUGGAUUUCUCUGAAUAUGAUGAAUGUGCAAGUCAGAGAAGUUUGCCAAAACCUCCAGAUUUUAAAGAGGAUGAAUCAAAUAACCCUUCUGAAACACAGAUCAGCAAACAUCAACAGGAGAUCAAGCCAGUUGAUGAAAAACUCAUGAAUAAGAUCAAGAGAGAAGGAAGCAGAUGGGAAUGUAUAAUAAUGGAAGGGUUCUGGAGGAUUUUGCAGACAUCUAAAGCAUCAAGUGAUGAGAAUGUGAUCCAAAUACCAGGGGCUGACGUGUGGAAGUGGCUUCAAAGAUGUGAGGAAUACAGCACAUCUGGAUAUGAAACAAUCUCCAAUCUCAGUGAUCCAGCAGAAGAUCCACAGAAUACAGACACAUCAGAGGAUAAUACCUUCAAAAUUCAGCAUUAAAUCACAUUAUCAAUUGUUUAAUCAUAAAAAAUAUCCAUGUCUUUGAAACUUUAGAAAGAUUUACUAUUAAAAAUAGUAAAUCUUUCUAAAGUUUCAAAGUAUUUUGAUUAUUAAUUUUUUUUAAAGCGCCUGUGGGUCAGUCUCCCACCACAGGAUUUUAACUCUGUUCGUGGUGGAAUUAUUAAUUGUUUUAUCAAUUUAAUGUAAUUUAUUCAUGUUUUGCUUUGAUUUACUGGUUUUAGCAGAGUAUUUGUAUCUUCUAAGGAAUGUUUUAAUGUUCUCAUUUUCUUAUUUUUUAUUUAUUAUAUGUAUUUUCAUUUUAACUCUUGUUAAAUAUCAUUUUCACUGUAAACCCUAAUGUUGUAAUUUCUGGAAAGUUUCACUCAGUAAU